CUGGCGACAAGGAAUUUUGUUCUUACUACGAAAUUUCACUUUGAAACCUAAAUAUUCAAGAUGGAGAGUGAACCAACAGCAAUGGAGGUUUUAGAGUCCACUCAGCUUAUUCGAGUCACCGAGGGAAAGCACAAAUACUUCAAUACCCGAUUUCAAAGAAUUAAUGCUAAAAUGUAUGACUACAACUGUGAUGUGCAAUUGAAGGUUGAGAAACAAACAUUCAGAGCUCAUCGUCAUGUGCUUUCUGCUUCUAGCGAUUAUUUUGCUGCUAUGUUUAGUCACGAUAUGAAAGAAAAACUUCAGGAUGACGUUGAACUGCUUGAAAUAAGUUCAGCUGGAUUCGCACAGAUGAUGGAAUACUUUUACCAUGGAUUUGUCAUGCUCAAUCCUGAUAAUAUAGAAGAUGUAAUUGAAGCGUCACAGUUCUUUCAAGUGAAUUGGCUGAAACACGUUUGCUGCCAUUUUCUUGUGAAUUAUCUUAGCAUAGAGAAUUACCAUGUGGUGCUUCAGCUGGCAGAUACUUACACACUGGGUGAUCUUCGACAAGAUAUUUUCUGUUAUAUCGGACAGGAGUUCAUGGCAUUGUCGCAGAAACCCAUGUUCAAAAUGCUUGCAUUUGAAUUGUUUCUUCAAUUGCUCUCAGAAGAUUUUUACAUCGAGGCGCCAGAGGGGUACAUAUUAUUAACAAUCUUGCGCUGGGUGAAGCAUGAUCCAGAAGAUCGGGAAAAAUAUUUGCUGCAGCUUUUAAACGAGGUCCGAUUCCACUUAAUGAAGUUAGAAGAGUUGGAGAGGAUUCCUCAAUAUGUUUUGGACAUGCCAGGAAUCAAGCCACUCGUUGAUGAUGCAUUUGACUACCGAGAAAAUGUCUACAGCCAAUGCCUCAGUAAUGCAGAUUCUGAGAUGCCCCGAGGUGGAAAGAAAAUAAUCGCAAUGCUUGCAUCAGAUGAUUCGCAAAUUGAGCUCCAACUGAAAAUCAUUGGUACGCAUGGAUUUUUUCGUCAGCCUUUAAAAACAGAGUUCAUGAAGACAAAAUUUGAAUUUGCAUCAAUUGCAACAUUCAACAAUUUCUUGUUUAUCUGCGGUGGAUAUGAAAAGGGUGCAAUGCUAAGUACAAAUCUCACUUACCGCUAUGACCCCCGAGAUUUGACCUGGAUUGAUGUUGCACCAAUGAAUGAACGGAGGGUGAGUUUUUCCCUCAUUCAGGCCCAGGAUUACAUGUAUGCUAUCGCUGGAAUCAGCCGUAACCUAGAUGAGAAUGAUCUUCCCUUUGAGUUGAUACUUAACACAGUAGAAAGGUAUAACCCAUUAGUCAAUGAAUGGUCUACACUAGCUAGUCUACCACAUGGAUGUUUCGAUACGGGGGCGGGUGUGUCUGGAGAUAAUAUUUAUCUGACUGGGGGUAUUACAGAUAAUCCCGAUGAUUCCAUUCCUGUCAACUACAAUUUUCGGUAUUCCAUGACGCAGGAUAAUUGGCUUCAAUUGUCUCCCAUGUUAACCGCUCGGAAGAGCCACAGUAUGACCGCACACAUGAAUAAACUCUUUGUCUUCGGAGGUACAACCACAGAUGAAAACUUCACAUCAACGGACUGUACCAAAAAUGAAUGCUACGACACAUCAACCGACCAAUGGUCCUAUAUAACCCCAACCCCAGAGAGCUUUGGAUUCCUGUACAAGUCGGUCAUUCACCAUGAAAAUGAUCUCUAUAUCUUGGGAGGAAAACACAUAUUAAGAUAUCUACAUAAGGUCAAUCUGGAGAGCUUGGUAUUUGAUGAACAUGAGGAAGCUGAAGUUUGUGGGCAUUACUACCAAAAGAUGGCAUUGCUAACCAUCCCUUUCCCAUACCACAUAAAGAUCUAAACAUUCAGUAUUACUAUCCAUGUGUUGUAAAAUGCCAUUCUCAGUCACUUACUUUAACUUUUCAACACUAAAGUAAAAAGGUUCUUGGACCACAACGGUAGCUGCCUAUUUGUAGUGUAAUGUUCCUCAUGAGAAUGGCUUUCUAUUCAUGGUUGCCCAAUGAAUGAUUGCUGACGCAUUGCCUGAUGAACAAUUCUUGAAGCAUCGCCGUAUGAGUAAUGGUUAAAGCAUUAUGUUAUUCACAAAUAUUUAACUCCAUUUAAGUGAAAAUGUGUUGUGAUCUGCAUUGCCUUUGUAAUAUAUUAUGUAUUAUGUGACAGAUGUUAACUAAUAGUCCCAAAAUAAUAUUGAUGCAUGCACAAAUUAUAAUCAAUAUCUUUAAAGGGGCUCAAUGUUCUACACAGGAUUUUUCUCAAGUGGGUGCAAAAUUCUCAUUUUCAUAAUUUAG